AUGGAAGCGAAUAUAACCAGUAAUUCUAUAAAGAAAAGAUCUAAAAACGAUGUUUUUAUUGUUAGUCAUAUAAAUGAAGUACCUUCAACAUCUGAUCAACAAGAAUUUUGCGGCUUAGCUCAACAACAACAAACAUCAAUAAAGGAAAUUCCAAAGAAAAGGACGGUUCCGGCGAAACGUAAAAAGAUCACCGCCACUAACCAAAUGAUGGAAUCCGAUGAAGGAUGUGACUUUAAAGAGAUUAAAGAAGAAGAAAACGAGUCAACAAAUUUGGGCAUACACAAACUUAAGUCCACUGCGCAUGCUAAAAAUUCUACAGUUCCUAAACUCAAAAAUGCAUGGCGAUCGGAGGAAGACAAAAUCUUGGUUGAUAAAAUUUUAGAAGAUAUGCCAAGUCCUUCUUGGUCAAAAAUUUCUCAUUGUUUAAAAGAUAGAAAUCCUAACGCUUGUUUGGUUCGUUGGAAAACAUUAAAGAAAAGAUUAUAUCAAAGCAGUCAAUAA